CACCACUAAGCAGUAGCUAUCAGCAUUGAGUGCAGUAUGCUGAACAGCUGAGCAAGGGAAGAGAUCCUGAAAGGAGCCUGCGAUGAGAAGGGAUUUUGGAGGAAGAAAGCACCUCUUUCUACUGCACACAGGCACUGCCCAUCACUGAGAGCUGUGACAGGCAGUGGGAAUUGCCUGUUUAUGGUGAUUGAUCUGCACAGCCCCUGGGAUGCUCAGAAAUAGGAUUAAGGAAGAAAGAAUCUCAGGAGAAAGAGGAGGUGGAGGUUCCCCUUUGGAAACACACAGGCUAAUAGAAAACAUCCUCUAAAUUGUCACUGUAUCAGGAUAAUCAGAUCCUGGUGACAGCAGGAUCACCUUGAGAUGAGCUGCCCCUAGCCGGGGCCAGCCGGCUCCCUGCCCCGGGACGAUGAGGACCCAUCUUCCAGCCUAACAGGAGCAUUCCGUGGCCGUGGCUGGGCUUUUCCUCCUGAUCCUCGUGGAAUUUCAUGUGACUGCUUCCCACCUGGCAGCCGAGGGCCCCACCAUGGCGGCGAAGCAGCCCCCGCCGCUGAUGAAGAAGCACAGCCAGACCGACCUGGUGAGCAGGCUGAAGACACGCAAGAUCCUGGGGGUCGGCGGGGAGGAUGAUGACGGCGAGGUGCAUCGCUCAAAGAUUAGCCAAGUAUUGGGCAAUGAAAUCAAGUUUGCUGUCCGGGAACCACUGGGGCUCAGGGUCUGGCAGCUGGUUUCUGCCGUCAUGUUUUCGGGGGUUGCCAUCAUGGCGCUUGCUUUCCCUGACCAGCUUUACGAUGCCGUCUUCGAGGAGGAACCGGCGAGCAGCAAGAUUCCCAUCCGGCUCUAUGGAGGAGCCCUCCUUAGCAUCUCUCUCAUCAUGUGGAACGCUCUCUACACGGCGGAAAAGGUGAUUAUCCGCUGGACCCUGCUGACCGAGGCCUGCUACUUUGCCGUGCAGUUCCUGGUUACUACCGUCUCCCUGGUUGAGAGUAGCCGGAUAGCCACCGGUGCCAUGCUCCUCCUGGUCAGCAGAGUCCUCUUCAUCCUCAUCAGCAUUUAUUAUUACUACCAAGUUGGACGCCGUCCCAAGAAAGUCUAAAUCCUGGGCUUUUUGUUAUGGGGAGGGGGGGUUUGUGUCGGUAAUUUUGCAUUAUAAUUAUAACUUUCAUUUCUUUUUGGUUUAUUUUGUUAGUCCCUUUUGGUUCUAAAGGGGUUUCCUCCUUUUCCACUUUACCGGCAUGAAUCAGUGUGUAACCCGGUGCUGGUGGCAUUGCCUGGUUAAAUGGGGGGGGAGCAGCAUCCCCAGUCCUUCUGCAGGAGGUGAGGAGCAGUGGGAGGAAGGCUCAGGGAGGUGUGUGAGCCUGGCAGGCUCAGGGAAGAGCCAGUUUCUUUGCAGGAUGGAACUGGCUGAUGGGAUCACAGGCUCGGAACCCGCUAGAACAAAGCACAAACUAAGACCAGCACAUUGCAACCAAAUCCCUGAGGAGGCAGGAUGGUGAGAUAGCCAACAAAGGAUGCUGCUGCUCCCACUGUAAGCCUGGCCACUUGCCUGGUGGGGAAUGUCCUUAUGUACAUCCCGCUUUCCUUUUAGCCUGUAUGGACUGCCUGGGGACCUGGAUGGGGCUAGGUUGAGUUCAGUGCUUUGCCAACAGCUCUUCUUCCUUCCUUGCUGCCAGAGAGGCUACCUCGCUUGUAGUUCUGCACUGGGUGCUGUGCAAAGCUCGGCAGGAGGAAAAGAAGAUGGAGAUCCCUUGUUUGGUCCCUUUGCAGGGACAGCACUGGGAACAGCAAAGCAGCUUGAACUGUGGUAUGUGGGAAGUGAAGGAAGCUAUUGGAAACGGUCCACUGAGCACAAAGACAUCCCCUUGCAUGGGAUGUUUCUUGAAGUUUCUAGGCUGGGGUUCUGUCCUCUUCACACCAGAACACUUCCUACAAGUGCAGCUUUACUGAUGGUAGUAGUGGGGGGGUGUGAGGUAGGUCUGAUGCUUUAGCUAAGCAGGGGCUGGAAUGCUGUUGUGGUUACUUGUAAGAGCAGAGUGAGCAUCAGUACUGAUGAUACUGAUCAGUAGCGAUGAGCCCCAGCUGUGGAAGAUGGUGUUCCAGCUCUGCUAGUGUGCAGGCAUCACAGAAUGACAGAAUGGUUUGGGUUGAAAAGGACCUUAAAGCUCAUCCAGUUCCAACCCCCUGGCGCAGGCAGGGACACCUUCCACUAGAGCAGGUUGCUCCAAGCCCCAUCCAGCCUGGCCUUGAACACUGCCAGGGAUGGGGCAGAGAGGACCAAAGGUUGUAGCAUUAAGAUACUUUACUGGGAUGAAGAAAGCAAGGAGCAGGGCACAUGAAGGCAUCGUUUCCUUCUGUAGCUCAGUCAAGGACAGAUGAAAUGUGCUUUAGUACUCACUGGCUAGUUUCUCCAACACCUCCUGGGCUUAACAGCGCUAGCUGCUGUACUUCCUAGUGCUUUCCUUGCAGAUUAUCCCUGUCCGCAGCUGGAGGGUGGCAUUUUUUGUUCUCCAUGUGACUUAAAGCCCCAAGGUCUGUGUACAGGAUAUGGACUUCUUACUCAUGCACUACUGUUGACUGGAUCAAAGCAUGCCCUGGAAUAGAGCAGACAUCCCAAAAUCCCAGUAUAAAGAUGCCUAUUGAAAUAGAAAUGCUUGUGUGAACAACAAUGCUCAAGCUGCUGGUGAGACCGGGAUCUACGGCUAUUUAAUAUCUUAGUAGAGUUAGAAGAAGGUAGUGGGUAGUUACUGUAUGUUGUGUUAGUGCUUUUGGCAUUUAGAAGCAGCUGCGUAAACUUGGGACACUGUGUGCAUUGUACCUACUGGCCAUGCAGAACGUCUGUCAGGUGAGAAUAUUGGGAAUACUUGGACCAGGAAACAUCACAAUUGUAAUUCUUCCUUCCCUGAGAAGAAAGUCCAAUGGAGAGGCAACAUCCUGAAUCCUGGAGCCUGCCAUGAACACGUGCCUGCCAAGCUGCUUUCAGCAUCUCCCAGAUAUGAUACUGAGCAACUAAAACUUAGAUACAAGAGGAGCCUUCCUGUUCAGGUGGAAGAACUGGUCUUUAAGAGGGAAACCUUUUCCCUGUGGGGCAGGAAAUGAUCAAGUGCAGCCUGGUGGGUACCACAAAUCAGACAGAAUGGUGCUGCGUGUGGGAGCUGUGUGUGAUGGCUUUGCUCUCACCCUGCACACCACUUGCAUAGGCAGCUGUAGUGGCAUCAGUGCAGCACUUUGGCUGUAGUUGUUGGUAUAGGUACGUGAAGCUUGAUUCUUUGUGUUUUGGGGGUCACACGAAUGUAUACACAGCUUGAUCGUGGGGUUUUUUGGGGGUGGGAGAUACAUUUCUAGGAAUGACAAGUAAAACUGACCACAGCAAAAGCAAUUUUGUAUAAGAAGGAAAUGGAAGGUCCCUUUAAUGCUGUCCUCCCAUGUGUGCUGGCUGCAGGUUCUAGGAGCUUAGUUAUGACUCUGGAUCUGUAGAUGGCUGCAGGUGAGAGAAAUGAGUUAGUGCACUAUGUGACAGCAGUUCUCCAAAGACCUCUUGAUGGUUAAAUCAGGUGGGAAGGAAGCAGCUUUCCAAAGGAGCUUUAAAUCAGGUGAGGUGGGACUCUUCUGUCCAUGCUUAGCAGCUGCCUCUGCAAAUCUUAGCACAGUGAAACCACUUUGAGUUUUGCCAAUGUUUUCUGCUCCAACAUAGAGAGCAGCCACGUAGGAGAUUUCAUGCUACUUGGUACCUGGUCCUGAAUGGGGAGAGAUGAAGAAGUUCUUUUAUCUUCAUGCUUCUUGCUCCAUCUUGCUAUAAUGGACCAUAUAGGAAGCAUGGAAUGGGACUGGGGUUGUAUACUACUUCUACAACUAAGUGAGAAGGGGCAAAUGGAUGCCUCUGCCUAGCAAAGGCUGUGGUCCCUGGCCUAUUCCCAUCUCAUCAGCAAGGUGCAGCAGGAGAAACAUGGCCAGGCCCACUUAAGGAGGUGAGUUUGUAGCAGAUGAGGUCGAAGACAGAGUUUCUCAGGGCGGCUUGAGGAUGGAGCCCAGGCAGAGCAUCCACAGUGCUGCCAGAACCCAACUGAGCUGGUUGUCUUCACCCUGUUGUGAAUGGGGGAAAAGGGAGGAGGAUGCUGAAAUGUUUGUAUAGAACUUCAUCCUUAAGGACAGAAGUGCAGGCAUCGCAGCUGCAGGUGGCGGUUGAGCAUAUGAUUUGGGAUCCAAAGCUUGAGGCAUCACUUCACGCUCUGCUACUGAUCUGCUGAAGAAAAACAACUCCAUCUCCACAGGCCUCAGUUUCCUUAUGUUAAACUGUGAGAAAGGCCUUGGACUGAAACCCUCUCCCAGAGGAACCUGUGAGGAAUUACCUGCAUUUGUAUAAUAUGCAGGGCUGGGAGUUGUGCUCCCCAGCGGGUACAAGCCAGCACCAAGGCUGACCCCUUUUCUCUGCCAGAGAUGGACCCAAACCCUUGUGUUCAUCGAGCCCUCACUGUUGAGGGUGAAGGAAGCUCAUCAUUCACAUCACUCCCUCCAUCACCUUAUUCACACCUACCUAAUAGCUGGCAAACUGGAGCUGGUGCCAAAGGAGAGGUUCUGUCUGUCCUAAGCUGGCCUCCUUUCUGGUCAAGGGGUUUUUACUUGGGGUGGGGAGGGGGGCAUAGGAGGAGAAUGGGACACUUCAGUUUAUACCUCAUUUUAGCUGCUGUACCUGAGUUCAUUCUUUCUCCUCUGGUAAAGAAAGUGACUGUACUUACCACCGAGCAAAUAGUGAAAAUUAAAGCUGUUUCACUUCACUGUCACAAUAUCUUUCUUUUAUUUUUUUUUUUUUUACUUUUUUUUCUUAAGAAACGCACACAAAAUCCGUGCAGAGAGUGCUUGAGGCUUGUGUUCUGCUUUAUAUUACCAAAACCAAAUCCUUUCAAUAUAAAAAAGCAUUACAGUAGGGAAUACAGGAUAAAUUAGCUCCACUAUCUAAUAAAAAGAACAUUUACAGGUGGUUUGUUUUUUUUUUUGUGUUU